GGAAUUCGACUUUAGGAGUGGACAAUAUCUUAUCUCCAAGUCUGCGCUAUGUAAAGUGUAAACACAGCAAAACUGCACCAGCAAGCUAGAGAUAGAUCAUUGACAUUAAUUAUGGCAGCACCACUUACUCUACUGGCCGUCUUCGUGAUCGCCGGCGGAUUCGCAGUCCUACUAAUCACCAUCAAACGCCUGAUGAUGAUUAGUAGCACCAGUAAUCAAACUCGCCGGCUGCCGCCUUCCCCGACGAAGCUCCCGAUCCUCGGGAACCUCCACCAAGUCGGGAAAUUCCCUCACCGCACCUUCGCCACGCUGGCGGAGCGCUACCGCUCCCCUCUCCUGCUGUUCCACUUCGGCAGCAGGCCGGUGCUGGUGGUCGCCACGUCGGCGGCGGCCCGUGAGGUGAUGAAGACCCAUGACCUCGUCUCCGCCGGCAAGCCCGAGUUCCGAACCGCCAAGAAGCUCCUCUACGACGGCAAAGACGUCGCCGCUUGCCCCUACGGCGAGUACUGGAGGCAGACCAGGCGGCUCUGCGUGCUCCACCUCCUCAGCAGCAAGAAGGUCCAGUCUGGCCGUGCCGUCAGGGAGGAGGAAGUCCGGUUGCUGGUCAAUCGGAUUCGAAAGAACGUCGAAACCGAGCAGCCGGUGAACUUGAGCGAGCUCCUGUCCUGCCUCGCCAACGACGUGAUUUGCAGGAUAGCUUUCGGGAGGAAGUACAGUGCUACCACCAACUUCAGGGGUCAAUUGGUGGAAUUCAUGGAGUUGCUGGGUGCUCUCAGCGUGGGCGACUUCAUCCCCUGUCUCUCGUGGGUGAACCGGGUGACCGGGUUCGACGCCCGGGUCGAUAGGGUUGCUCGGCAGUUCGAUGAAUUGCUUGAAGGAGCUGUGGAGGAAGGUGAAGCCAGAGUGGAGAAACAGAGCAAUAUUGUGGAAGACGACGGCCAGGCACCCUUUAUAGAUGUCUUGCUCCGCCUUCAGAAGGACGGCUCGGAAGCGUUCCACCUUGAUCGAGAGGGCAUCAAAGCUGUUAUCUUGGACAUGUUCGUGGGAGGAACGGAUACAACAUCGACGCUCCUGGAAUGGACAAUGUCGGAACUGGUGAGGCACCCCAGAGUGAUGAAAAAGCUACAAGAGGAGCUCAGGAGCAAAAUCGGUCCAUUAACAGAGUCGGUCCAGGAAUCCGACGUCGGCAAACUGGAGUACCUGAAGCUAGUCAUCAAAGAGACGAUUCGAUUGCACCCUCCAAUUCCCUUGCUAUCUCCGAAACAACUCACUCAAGACGUGACCAUAAUGGGCUACGACGUGCCGUCGGGAACCAUGAUCCUGACCAAUGCGUGGGGGAUCGGAAGGGACCCCGCCGACUGGCCCGAGUCGCCGGAAGAGUUCUGGCCGGAGCGAUUUCUCGACGCCGCUGUUGCUGACGUGGAUUUCAGAGGGCAGGAUUACCAUCUGAUCCCUUUUGGGUCCGGGAGGAGAGGCUGCCCUGGGGUUUCUUUCGCGCUGGCGGUGGUGGAGCUCGCGCUGGCGAAUUUGGUGAGGGAUUUUGAGUGGAAGUUGGACGGCGGAGUUCGAGGGGAGGAUUUGGACAUGUCGGAGUGCGUUGGUCUCACGGUGCAUCGCCGGCUUCCUCUGCUUGCUGUUCCGGCGAUGGUUUCCGAUUGAGGGAUUGUGAUGACGUGUAAGUGUAAUUCCUCUGAUGCCAUCGUAUCUUAUCUUUUUAGAUUUUCAGCGCAAUCACAUUGUAGGGUAAUGAUUAAGUCGCGCAAAUGCCGCCUGACUUGACGGCGUAGACAAUGCCCACCCACUUCUUUUUGACUAAUAACAGAAUUUUUUUUUUUUUUUUUUGACGAAUGACUAAUAACAGAAAACUUGCUGAAAAACUAGCCCUUUUUUGUUUGACUUAUUACUUCGAAUUGUUUGAGAAGAAGUUGGUACAAGGAAUGUGGGUUGCGGAUUGUUGAAGACUUUUUUUUUAAUCUAUUUAUUCAAAUUGACUAUGUUUCUUGUUUUACUAAAACGAUUGUCAAUUUUGUGGGGAAAACGAUACUUUCAACUCGUAUAGCUCAACAUUUGGUAGACAAUCGCAAUUUAUUUUUGAACAACUUGUAAGUUACCGACUAUUAUGUUUUAUCUAUCACAAAAUAAAAAGCUUACAUCUUUACUUACCUGAAUGAGGAACACAAGACGUACGGCCUUCUCAUACGACACGGCGACCGCACGUGCAGAGUUGAGAAUUUGAUUCAUCAGAGCUACGGGCAAUGGGUUUGGUUUUUGAAACCCUUCUGCCACGUCUUUCCAAGCUCCUCUUCGGAGACUUGAUGCUUCUUCAUGUAGCACUCCACAACGGACGCCACGUGCACCCUCCGUGCUCGAACUGUUUGAGAAGAAGUAUUAAAAUGAUAUCACUUUGUAGAGCACAACGAACUCGUUCCAUCUGAGCAAAAAAAAAAUUGAAAUCCGAGUUAGAACGAAGAAGAUAAGAGCCGAUUAAGAAAACUAGGGAAAAUAAAAUAGCUUUAAUUGACAACCCUUAGAUCUAGAUUUCUGGGCCCACUUAGAUCUAUGGGUCCAGAUUUAGCUACUCAUAGGUCAGUAACCAAUGGUUACUUGCCCUAUCCUAAGCCGGAUUCAAGGAUUCUCAUUAAAUUGCUUUUGUGACCGGCGAUUAACAUAAAUCUCUUAUGACUCUAGCGAUAAAUCUCUUAGGACCAUAGGGAUUCUCCUGGAACUGAAAGAGCAUCUUUUUUCUGGUACAUACUGCUAGGGAUGACAAAAAUAUCCGCAACCGUAGAUAUCCGCCCGGAUCCGGCCUUAUCGAGUAGGGUAAAACUCGAACCCGAAGGACAUUUAGUGGGUAUGGGUAAAACCCGAAAACCUGAAUAUUACGGGUAAUAGGUGGGUAUGGGUUUCUCACUAUCCAACCCGAACUCGUCCGAUUAUACACAUGCAUAUGUAUUUUAUCUAGAAAUAAUUAUUAUUUUUCUCUAACAUAUUUUAUAUGUAGCAUAUAAAUAUAAUAUUUUCAU